AUGGAAAACUUUUCUUUACAACUGUGCUUAAUAAUAACAUUUAUUAUGUCUAUCAUUGCUUUGAUAAUUUGCUUAACCACAUAAAUGAAAUGUUAUAUAUCACCCCGAAAGCUAAAAAGUUAUAUAGAGAGAAUACUGAAUAGAAUGAUUUUUCCUGCAAGAUCAUGCAAUUAAUAUUAGAGUAUCAGUAAUUAAGAACUUAAAUUCUUUAGUGUUGUUCGAAGAAAUGGUAUAUUUUAUAUAUUAUAGCCUCAUAGCUGGGGAAGGGAAUCAAAAUUAGAGAUGCAAUAAUAUAGAAUUUAAUAGAAUUGUCCCUUAUGCUUUCCUUAGAAAUGAAACAUAUCCAAAUUCAAAAUACUAUGUCAUCUAUUUUCAUGGAAACGGAGAGAAUAUGUAAUUGAUCCACUUAUUUAUGUAGUGAUGGAGCAGCACAAUUUGUAAGACUGCUCAUGUAGUCUUUGAAAUUUCAUGCAUUCUUAAUAGAAUAUCCAAAAUAUGGAACUUAUUAAUAUACUGAAACAAAUGCCCAGAUUAUUUUAGAAGAUUCCAUUCUGGCAUAUGAGUAAAUCAAAGAGGAAAACAAGCUAGAAGAUAGUCAAAUAUACAUUUUUGGAAGGUAUUCAUUUUUUAAUAAAAAUAGAUCAAUAGGAUCAGGGCCAGCUAUACAUGUGGCUUCUUAAAAGAAUUGCAGAGGCUUAGUAACCAUUUCUGCUUACAGGUCUCUCAAGUAACUUAUUAGAGGAAUGGUCUUUUGUGUUGGUUACUUUGUCAGUCAAAUUAUGGAUGAAAGAUUUAACAAUGAAGAGAACAUAACAAAAGUUAAAUGUCCUGCUCUAUUUAUACAUGGUGUUGAUGAUACAUUAAUACCUUCUCAUCAUUCAAUUUUCCUCUAGAGAAAGUAAAAACUUAACCUUAAUUUUAGAUUAUAUAAUUAAACGAAAGCAGCACGAUAGGAAUUAUUCUCUCAUAUGAAUCACAAUAACAUUCAUGAGUUUUAAUAUGAGAUUUCAGAGAAAAUUGCACUAUAUUUUGAAGAAUUGAGUUAAGCAAAUUCUUGA